GAGGGAGGGAUUGGUGGCACAGAACACAGAGCUUGUUUCAGUCUGCACUAGAUCGCUCAUCCAGGAGCCUGUUGCACUCAGGGAUACUUGGCUUUCUCAGCCUGGAUGCUGUAGCCCGGACUCAGACUCAGGCUCCCGUCGACUCCCUCGCCUGCUCUUGAGCAGCUUUGUUUGAGGACACUGCAGGUCCGGCCUGCAGACAUGGGCCCGUCACUUCCCUCUAGGAUUACUGUGUGCCUGGCACUCACCUUGGCUCAGGUGAUUGCUGUGACCUGCCAGGAACAUAUCAACAAUGGCACUUGCACAGACAAUGGAAAUGUGUACAACGACAAAGACAUGUGGAGCCCGGAGCCGUGCCGGGUGUGUGUGUGUGAGACGGGCACCUCCAUCUGUGAGGACGUAGUGUGUGAAGACCUCGGUGACUGUGAGAACACCAUGAUCCCAGAGGGCGAGUGUUGCCCCGUGUGCUUAACCUCAGAACCUGGUCCCAGUACGGAGCCGGCCCCAGCUGUAGAGGAGAAUAAAGAACAAAGCUGCACGGUUGAGGGCGAGGUCUACCAGCACAACGCCAUCUGGAAACCCGAGCCUUGUCGCGUGUGCGUCUGCGACAACGGCGUCACCAUCUGUGAUGAGAUCCAGUGUGAAGCUCUGACCAACUGCAACAAGGUGGUCACCCCUGAGGGCGAGUGUUGCCCCGUCUGCGACAGCUUUGCCAGCGCCGGCGGCAGGAUUGAAAUCAUGGGCUUCCAGGGACAGAAAGGUGAACCAGGAGAUAUUCCUUAUGUGGUGGGAAACCCUGGACCUUCAGGACCCAUGGGCCCUCCAGGAGCUCAGGGACACACCGGACCUCGAGGCUUUAAAGGCAGACGGGGAUUUCCAGGGCCUCCAGGUUUUGACGGUGAGCCGGGUAUACCAGGUAAUCCAGGAGAACCAGGACCCCCUGGUGAACACGGGCCUCCCGGGGGACACUUGAUGUCACAGAUGGCUUUGGAUUUCGGAGAGAAGUCGAGUAUGGCGGCGAGGAUGGUGUCGGGGACACGGGGUGAAGCAGGAGCACGAGGAGUUCCAGGACCCGCCGGGGCACCAGGACCAACUGGUGGUCAGGGGAUUCCAGGGGAGGCUGGAGAUCCAGGAGCAAUGGGAGAGCCGGGUCACCGAGGACCUGACGGACCUCCAGGAAAACCUGGAUCCGACGGAGAAUCAGGAUCUUCAGGUUCAACUGGAGAGCCAGGGUUUCCAGGAUCAUCGGGUGUGAGAGGAUUCCCAGGAAAUCCAGGUGCCCCGGGACUUAAAGGCCACAAGGGACACGCUGGACUCACCGGGUCAAGAGGCGAGUCUGGAGCAGCUGGAAGCAAGGGUUCAUCUGGUACCCCGGGUUCCAUGGGCGCUGCCGGCCCACUGGGACCACCUGGUUUGCCCGGAGAGAGAGGAAGAAUCGGGCCGACCGGUCCUGCGGGAAAGCGUGGCACGCCAGGAGACCUUGGUAAACCAGGUCCUUUGGGUCCAAUAGGAAUCACAGGUCUCCCAGGAUAUCCCGGUAACCCAGGGAUGAAGGGGGAAGCCGGACCCCCAGGGGUCAGAGGGAGUCGAGGACAGCAGGGACCCCGGGGAGAUUCUGGACGUGUAGGACCGUCUGGACCCACAGGAAAGGAGGGUGCAGCAGGAACUGACGGAGCACCAGGUGCACGUGGCUCAUCAGGUUUAGUUGGUGUUCAGGGACCACCAGGGAUGCUGGGUCCACAUGGCCCCCCUGGACCUCAGGGAACCUCUGGAGCUCCUGGACCAAAGGGCCAACUGGGUGGAGUUGGAGUUCCUGGAUUCAAAGGAGAAGCUGGAUUGAAGGGAGAACGAGGAGAUCACGGGGCUCCGGGUCCUUUGGGUCCCAUGGGAGAAGAUGGUAAGCGUGGGUCUCGAGGUGAUGGUGGAUCCAUGGGGGCUCCAGGUUCCUCAGGAGAGACAGGAGCUCCAGGAAACAGAGGUUUCCCCGGUGCUGAUGGUUUACCAGGCCAAAAGGGAGCCCAAGGUGAAAGAGGGCUUUCAGGGUCAGGUGGUCCCAAAGGUUUAUCUGGAGACCCAGGACGCAAUGGAGAGCCUGGUUUAACAGGAGCUCGGGGUCUCACGGGACUUAUUGGUGCCUCUGGUCCUGAGGGAAGGCAAGGACCACUGGGCUCAGCAGGAGACGAUGGUAAACAGGGCCCAGCUGGUCCUACUGGAAACAGAGGAGCUGCUGGACUCAUGGGCCUGCCGGGACCAAAGGGCUUCCAGGGUGAUGCUGGCAAGAUUGGAGAAGCCGGGAGUUCUGGAGGUCCAGGUCAAAGGGGAGUAAAUGGGAAAGAUGGAGAAGAGGGCGCUGCCGGUCCACCUGGCCCAGCUGGCCUUGCAGGAAAAAGAGGAGAGCAGGGACCUCAGGGAGUGAGCGGUUUCCAGGGUUUGCCUGGGACACCAGGACCACCCGGAGAGUCAGGAAAACCAGGUGACGAGGGUGUUGCUGGAGAGCUUGGUUCUGCUGGUGACACAGGUCCAAGAGGAGAACGAGGUCCUCCUGGAGAGAGAGGUGAAACUGGCCCUAAUGGGCUUCUGGGACCCAAAGGUGGUCCAGGUGGACCAGGACCUGAUGGACCAAAGGGUAGCGCAGGUCCAACGGGCGGUGUUGGAGAACCAGGAGGUCCAGGACUUCAGGGGAUGCCGGGGGAGAGAGGCAUAUCUGGAUCCUCAGGGCCAAAAGGAGAUGCUGGUUCUGUUGGAGGGAAAGGAACUGAAGGAAAGGCAGGAGCUGAUGGUGCGAGGGGGCUUCCUGGUCCCGUUGGACCAGUUGGUUCCAGUGGACCCAAUGGAGAGAAGGGUGAAACGGGUCCAUCAGGACCUAAUGGACGUCGAGGUUCAAGAGGAAUUGCUGGUUCUACUGGUGCUCAUGGUCCUAUUGGAGCUGCUGGUUUCCCUGGAACUUCUGGUCCAGAUGGUCAACCAGGAGUCAAGGGAGAAACAGGUGAGCCUGGUCUGAAAGGAGAAACAGGAGCACCAGGACCCCAGGGCAUGGCUGGGAAAACGGGAUCACAGGGGCCUGGUGGCGUGUCUGGACUGAAGGGUGCAAGAGGAUCUACAGGUCCUUCUGGCUCUCCUGGGUUCCCUGGGCUGGCAGGAGGAGUUGGUCCACAUGGCCCUCUUGGUGCUGUCGGAGCUGACGGGCCAAUCGGGAUUACAGGAAAGCCGGGUCCUUCUGGAAUCCGAGGAGAGAACGGAUCCCCAGGACGUCAGGGCGAGCACGGACCUGCAGGCCAACCAGGCAGCCCCGGAGAGAAGGGAGACGCUGGAGAGGACGGGGCUUCGGGCCCUGAUGGGCCUCCAGGACCUGCUGGAAAAUCAGGCCAGCGAGGAACUGUGGGUCAGCCGGGACUCCGAGGGGAGAGAGGCCUCGUGGGACUGCCAGGUCCUGCUGGUCCACCAGGAAAACCAGGAACUUCUGGAUCUCAGGGAGGCAAAGGUCCAGCUGGUGGGAUGGGUUUACCUGGAGCCACUGGACCAGGAGGAGAACCCGGUCCCGAGGGCAUUGCAGGAGGAGAAGGAUCUCCUGGUAAAGACGGUCUUGUUGGGGAACGGGGAGACAAGGGGGACUCUGGUCCGGAGGGCCUGGCUGGUGUUGCAGGGUCUUCAGGUAACGAAGGCCCGGUGGGGAUGACAGGCGGCCCGGGUCAAAUGGGCCCAAACGGUGGUAGAGGCCCUCCUGGAUCCCUGGGACCACAUGGUGUACGAGGAUCAGUGGGCCCUCAAGGACCACAGGGAGAGAAAGGAGCGAAGGGAGACCAAGGAGAAAGAGGCCAGAAAGGACACAGAGGAUUCACUGGCCUCCAUGGUCUGCCAGGAAUAACUGGCGCCACAGGAGACGCAGGAGCCUUCGGGAUCGUUGGACCAGCUGGAUCGAGGGGGCCUCCUGGAGUUGUGGGUCCUUCAGGAAAGGAGGGAAACAUCGGCCAGCCUGGACCAAUGGGUUCUCCAGGAACCAGAGGAACAAUGGGAGACCUCGGAACACAGGGUCCACCUGGUGAACCUGGACCUCCUGGCCCUCCAGGGCCCCCUGGACCUCCCAGCAAUGUUAUGGAACGCCUCUUUGGUGGCCUGGUCGAUUAUGAAGGGAUUGGCUUUCCCAAAGCGAUGGAACUCACCGACUACGAUGUAGGAGCUGAUUUUCCUCCACCCCCCGAGUUCAACGAGGACGAAGCUCUGCCCAACAAGAACCCGGCUGUCCUGCAUGCAGAAAUGGGUCUCCAGGCCACACUGAAGACCCUCAGCGGACACCUGCAAAACCUACGUAGUCCAGACGGCAGCAAGAUGAACCCGGCCAAAACCUGCCAGGACAUCAGGCAGUGCUACCCUCAGAAAAAGAGCGGUGAGUACUGGUUGGAUCCAAACCAAGGAAGCACAAAAGAUGCCAUCAAGGUCUUCUGCAACAUGGAAACUGGUGAAACCUGCAUUUCUGCUAAUUUGGUCAACGUUCCCGGUAAAGUCUGGUGGACCAAAUCCAGUCCCAGUCCAAGCAAACCCAUCUGGUUUGGAGCUGACAUGAAUGGAGGAACUAAAUUCCACUAUGGCAACAAGGAAGAGCAACAGAACGUGGUGGCGGUCCAGAUGAAGAUGCUUCAGCUUUUGUCCAAGGAGUCGCACCAGAACAUCACAUACCACUGCAAGAACAGUGUGGCUUUUAAAGAUGACCAGAGCAGCAACCUGAAGAAAGCUCUGGUCCUCCGAGGCUCCAACGGCCAAGAAUUCAGAGCCCAGGGCAACGCCCGGCUGCGAUACACCGUCAUCGAGGAUGGCUGCUCAAAAUCCAGUGCAGAGUGGAGCAAGACAGUGAUUGAGUACAGGACUCAAACCCCCAUCAGGCUCCCCAUUGUAGACGUGGCCCCCAUGGACGUUGGAAAGCCUGAUCAGGAGUUUGGCCUGGACAUCAGCCCAGUGUGUUUCUCAUAAAACCUCAAACCGUUACAGCAAGAAGGACACAAGCAGCAGCCAUGUUUAGGGGGGUAAAGCCAAUGCUGAUCAAUGCUAGAUAUUUAAUUUCUGGCUUUAUAUGAGAGCUGUGCAACUUGUAGGAUGUUGGUGUAAUACUUUCCCCCGCUGUUAAUAAGUACACAAUCUAAAGCACAAGCUCUCAACAGUGGAAUGAAACCUGCAGUGGUUUUGAUGGACUCCAAACUCGCAUAAAUAUGAAGUGAAAGGGUAAUAUUUAUGGGGAAAUUGACAACAGUCAACGCAGUCAAAAUCUAGAAACCUUUUUAGAACAUACGUUAACAGAUGCACAGCCAGACAUGGACGGUGCAAAAGCUGAAAGAGCAGUGACUGUAGAUGUUUUAAUGAUAUAAUGAUAAAAAAUAAAGCUCUAACCUAAAUUAUUAAGUUCUCUUAUCAUUUACUCUUUCAACAAAAAGCCUUUGGAUCUCCUUUUAAAAGAAACUGUAAAUGAAACACAUGACUGUAAAUUGCAAAUUAUUUGUGUGUUGUUGAUAUGGAUGUGGAAUAAAUAUUUCUCUGUGGAA